AACACUUGUGGAGUAAUUGUGAUUAUGUGUUACUAGUUCCAAGAAGCCUUGAACUUUAGUCAGGUGGAAAAAUGAAUUAAAGCAUACUACGCAUUUAAGAACAGAGUAACUCAGGGUAGCAUGGGUAGUGAAAUUCCUGAGGUGAGAUCAACCCACUUUUUCAAGAUAAUACUUGCUCAAAAUCUUCAUGAAGGAAAGCUUAUGAUGCCGAGAAAGUUUGUAGAGAAAUAUGGAGAAGGUUUAUCAAAAGCUAUAUAUCUAAAGACUCCAAACGGGGCGAAGUGGAAAUUAAAUUUGGUAAAAAGUGAUGGAAAAAUAUGGUUUGAAAAGGGUUGGAAAGAAUUUGCAAAGCAUCACUCUCUAGCACAUGGCCAUCUUCUGCUUUUCAAAUAUAAAAGAAAUUCUCAUUUUCUUGUGCACAUCUUUGAAAAGAGUGCGUUCGAGAUAAAUUACCCUUUCCAAAGAGUUGCAGCUAAAACUAAUAGGGUCUCCAAUGGUCAAGGAAAUAAACCUCCAAAUGGUGAAAGUCGUAGAGCAUCUCAAAAGAGAAAAGAUAACUCCUUUGAACUUCAUCAACCAUGUGACAUUGGAAGCAGUAGUUGUUUUAGAGUUGAAAAACUGCAGAAGGUAGCAUCUUUGCAUCAUACUGACAGAGAGUCCAAAGGGAAAGAAGUGAUUACUGGUAAGAGAGUUACAGCUCUUGAAAGAGCACAAUCUUUCAAAACAAGCAAUCCGUCCUUUGUUGUUGUCAUGCGUGCAUCAUACGUUAAACAUCAUUUUCUACUGAAUAUACCACGUUCGUUUGGUAAUAGACACUUUGAUUUGGAUAAGAAGAGAGGAGAUAUUUAUUUUCAGGUGUUAAAUAAAGGAGUUUGGCCUGCAAAGUACUCUAUCAAGAAGACCCGUAACGGACUACAUUUUGAACUCAUGACAACCGGAUGGAAGGCAUUUGCAAAGGACAAUAAGUUGAAAGUUGACGAUGUUUGCAAGUUUGAGCUCAUCUCUUGCACUAUACUUACCUUCAUUGUUCAUAUCUUUAGAGAGACAGACAAUGACAACACCAAUUGUUCUACAUUUCAAAAAUCUUUCCAGAUGAAAGAAGAAGCUACUUAAGGAUAAAGUGAAUGGAAUUCAUUACUGCAAAUCUACAAUCAAAUCACUACCACCACCAAGGAGUUUUAGAUCUUAAUGAAACUUAAUCAAUAUUGUAUGUAUCUAGUGCAUAUGUUUUGGGAACACUGCUAAAAAAUGAAAACAUUAUUAGUCUAAUUCAUGUAACCAAGAAACUCAACUUAUUUUGCAUUUCUAGACAUUACUUGAUGGUAUAUGCUAUGUUUAUGAAUGAACUAUUAUGCUUUUUUGGCUAA